AUGGGCCGGCUCCUCAUUCUUUCCUUUUUGAAUUUCUCCUUCGUGCUCCUGCCUGGCGUCCUUGCCGGCUUGGAACCAAGCCACAAUAUUCACCCGCUGCAGGUGGUCGUGACCGCGGCUCUCUGCGUCCCGGGCUUCUUCGUCCCCACCGUCUCCGGCUAUGUUCUACCAGUGACAGCUGCCCGCGAGGAGCUUGCAUGGGCCUCCAAGCGUGACUCUCUCCUCCCACGCAAGAACAAGGGCCACAAACACAAAGACGCAAGCAACAACAAAAACACCACGGAUGCCGCCACCGCUUGCAUGGCCGCGGCCAUGGAGGCCGCGGUCAACCAGACCGGCGUGGCAAAUGUCACUGAAGCCGUGGCCAUGAGCAACACCACCAUGUCCGCCAUCGCCAGUGCGUGUGCCGGGAACUCGACCGAUCUGGUGCAAGCUGUGGCUGCGGCGACGAACGAGACGGCAACGGCUGCCUCAGCCAACGUUACUAGUGAUGCAAGCGCAAGCAACGCUACGAUUGACGAUACAUCUUCUUCCACCAAUUCCUCUUCCUCCUCCUCUUCGUCGACUGAUGCCGGGACCGGCGAUGGAAGCGGCAAGGGGAACAGCAAUGGCAAGGAUCGAGGCAAAAACGGCAACACCGACAACGGGAACAAUAGCAAAAACGACAACGACAACUCCGACUCCAACUCCAUCAGCGCGGUCAUCGACGAUGCAUUGCAGGUCAUCGACUCCGUCAUCGGCAAGAAAUCUAAGCGUGACAACAAGUAUCGUGACAGUCCGGUGCGGAAGAAGUGGGUGGCUGGCCUGGACGAGAAGGCCUUCUAA